CCCUAGAGGGGACGGUAGAGGACCCCAGUCCACGAUGGCGAUGGCUUGGUCCCCAGUGUUGCUUGGUGUCAUCGUCUUGCUGUCUGCCUUCCCAGGGCCUUGUGAUGGAGGCCACCCCAUGCCCAAGCUGGCUGACCGGAAGCUGUGUGCUGAUGAGGAAUGCAGCCACCCCAUCUCUAUGGCGGUGGCCCUUCAGGACUACGUGGCCCCCGACUGCCGUUUCCUGACCAUACACAGGGGCCAAGUUGUGUAUGUCUUCUCCAAGCUGAAGGGCCGAGGGCGGCUCUUCUGGGGAGGCAGCGUUCAGGGAGAUUACUAUGGAGAUGUGGCUGCCCGCCUGGGCUAUUUCCCCAGUAGCAUUGUCCGAGAGGACCAGACCCUGAAACCUGGCAAGAUCGAUUUGAAGACAGAUAAAUGGGAUUUCUACUGCCAGUGAGCUAAGCCUACCGCUGUCCCUGCCGUUUUCCCUCCCUGGCUUUAUGCAAAUACAUCAACCGAGUGCAAAC